CUCUCUCUAACAUUUCUUGAACCCUAAAAUGGCUGCUUCAGUAAUUCAAACCCUGAACACAAAAACAAACAAUCAUCACAUCAUCUUCUCAGACAACUUCUGUCCUAAGUCCCAUUCUUUUGGACAGGUCUCUUUGCCCAUGAAAAAUGAAUCAAAUAUUUGUAUGUCUUCUUCCUUUUCUCAUUCAUUGUCCUCAGUCAGGCAGUCAUCCGUCUCUGCCACUUUCCUCGCGACAUCCAUGGCUGCUGCGGCGGCAGUCGAGUCGUCCAGACCUAAGUUGUCAAACCUUUGGAGAGAAAUUCAUGGCUGCAACAACUGGGAGGACUUAAUGGAGCCGUUGCACCCUCUUCUCCGGCAGGAGAUAAUCCGUUACGGCGAGUUCGUUGCCGCCUGCUACAAGACCUUCGAUCUCGACCCGAACUCGAAACGAUACCUGAACUGCAAGUACGGCAAGAAAAAUAUGUUCAGAGAUGUGGGAAUGGAGAAUUCCGGCUAUGAUGUAACCAAGUACAUCUACGCCACUCCUGACAUCACAAUUCCGGUCCAGGCCAGCGGCACCUCCCGGUGGAUUGGUUAUGUGGCGGUGUCAUCCGACAAGGAGGUUAAGAGGCUCGGAAGGAGGGACAUACUAAUUACCUUCCGAGGGACGGUGACCAAUCCCGAAUGGAUUGCCAACUUGAUGAGUUCCUUAACUCCAGCAAGGCUCGAUCCUCACAACCCAAGGCCCGACGUCAAGGUCGAAUCAGGAUUUCUUAAUUUGUACACUUCUGAUGAAAGCUCGAGCAAAUUUGGGCCUGAGAGCUGCCGGGAACAGCUUCUUUCGGAGAUUUCGAGGUUGUUGAACAAAUACAAAGGUGAAGAGCUAAGCGUAACUUUGGCCGGUCACAGCAUGGGAAGCUCCCUGGCUAAUCUUCUCGCUUAUGACAUCGCCGAGCUCGGUUUAAACAAGAGGAACUACGACCGGAAAGACGAUAUCCCAGUCACGGUGUUCUCUUUCGGAGGACCGAGGGUUGGGAAUUUGGGGUUUAAGGAACGGUGUGAAGAACUUGGUGUCAAAAUUUUGAGGAUCGUAAACGUAAACGAUCCGAUUACGAAGAUGCCCGGAGUUUUGUUCAACGAGAAUUUUAGGGUUUUGGGAGGGAAGUACGAGUUUCCUUGGAGCUGUUCAUGUUAUGCUCAUGUGGGCGUCGAAUUAGUCCUCGAUUUUUUCAACGUGCAAAACCCUUCGUGUGUUCAUGAUUUGGACACGUACAUAAACUUAUUAAAGUACUGUCCUCAAAGAGUUCAUGAGCAGAUUGAACGGGAAAAUCAUGUUGUGAACAAUAUUGGAGGAGAGUUUUUCAACAGAGCCAAGGAUUUGUUCUUGGGUGCUCAGAAUUUCAACAUGUUGCCUUGGAUAAAUGCCGCUGGGGCCAGUCAUGUUGAAUUUAGUUCAAUUGGAGAGUACUCAAUAUUGGCUGUAAACAGCUUCCAUGGAAUAGUGAUCAAUCAUCCGUGGAUCAUAACGGAGUUAGUUUGUUGUGUAAUUGCAGAACUAAACACAUAUGCUGAGAUAUUCCAGGCUUAACCAAAACAAUACUCAACUUGUUGGAUAA